AAACUAUUCCAAUUGAUUACUAUCUGCGAAGUCUGAGGGGUCUCAUGAACAACUAGAGCAGUCGAGAAUCAUUGCAAUUGAUCCAGGAAUAUCCCGAUUAGAGCAAAGAAACAGUGAGGUGCAAAGCCAUGAUAGGAAAACUCGCCGCCAGCCACCGCAAGAUCUAUUUAGAUUGAUCCUUUGACUCACUUAUCUUUGACUCAUAUUUACUACCGAGCCAAUCAAAAGCAGACCCGACCAUCUUCCACCUAUCCGACCUCGAGUACAAAAGACCACCUCAGGUUUCCCUACGGCACCUUGACGAAGCAUCCCCCAGACAUCAGACGGAAAAUACAUAAAGCCAGAGCUAUGCAUAUACCUGCCCGCCACGCCGAAACAGACCCCACGGUCCUACGGCAAUUCAUUCGUGACAACCCACUCGGGAUCCUGACGACCGCCACGCCCGACACCCCACACCCACUGCUCCAAGUGAGCCACAUCCCGUGGGUCCUGGGCUUUGAGGACGAGCAGGAGGAGAAUGCAAAUAGUUCAACGACGGCGAACAGCACCAAAUCCCCUCGUCUAGGCCGUCUCCGCGGACACAUGACACGGCAGGACCCGCAGGCCGAAGCACUGUUAUUCAAUCUGCCCUGCUCCUCGCCAGCAUACCUCGAGCAAGAAGUACUUAUCAUGUUCAACGGUCCGGCCCACCACUACAUCACACCCAAAUUCUACACGCAAACCAAGCCCGCUACAGGCAAGGUAGUCCCGACCUGGAACUAUUCGGCCGUUCAGGUAUACGGCCGAGCGCGCAUCUACCAUGACACUCAGUCCGAGAACGUCGCGCGUUUUCUGUCCACCCAGCUUGAUGAUCUCGGUCGGUUGGAGGGGAUGGGAAUUUUGGACUACGGAGCUACGCUUGGUAGCCUUGCCCCUUGGCAGGGGUCUGAUGCCCCGGAGGAGUAUAUUGAACUGUUUACCAAGAGCCUGAUUGGAAUCGAGGUAGAGAUCACCUCUCUGAGCGGUAGGUUCAAGUGGAGCCAGGAUAAGCCCCCUGGCGACCGUGACGGGAUGAUUGCCGGCUUGCAGAACCUGGGUUCUGAGUCUGGCUUGUAGAGUGCUGAGUUGGCUAUGGAACGCGCUAGGGUGCAUGAUUUGAGAAAGGCCGAGAAAUAGUAUUCAGACUGAGAAGGCGGCGAUUUGAGCCGGUUCCCUAUAUCCUUUUUAUACUAUAGAAUGUUAUUGCUAG